CGUGCAAAGGCAUUUUGCGCUGCGUUUUGAGUGAGUUUACGACUAGUUUGGAGCGAGCAACGAUGUCUCUCUAAACUCUGAAAAAGUUAAAUCAACAACCAUACGUUUUUUUUUACACGAAGACGGGCAUCGUUUAGUCCAGGACACCAUGUUUUCCAGUAUGCGUCGGCACAGCCUCCGUCUCCACUCAGAGCUCCACCGCUGGAGCAUCUGUGACCCUGGGAACCGGCGGCCCUCAGACAGUCUGCUCACUCGUGUGCCCGCCUGCAUCUCCCGGUCCAAGUCCUGCAGCGGCUCGGCAGGAGACUCGGACGGCUGCCGGGGGAGCUGGUCCUCCUCGGACUCAGUCAUUUCGUCAGACUCGGUCGGAGAGUCUCCCGCUCCCACCGUGUACCGCGUGGUGCUGCUGGGUGCCAGUGGGGUCGGGAAAACCGCUUUCGCCAGUAUCUUCGCUGGAGCUGCGGACAGUAUGGACAGCGACGAGUGCGAGCUGUGCGGAGAUGAAGUGUUUGAAAAGGAGGUUGAAGUAGAUGGAGAGACUGCGACAGUUACUCUGAUUGACACAUGGGACGCUGAGUUGGACGAUAACUGUGUUCAGGACUGCCCCAUGCAGGCAGGUGAUGCGUACCUGCUCUUGUACUCCAUCACUGACCGCGCGUCCUUCCUGAGAGCGUCCGAGCUGCGCAUCACUCUUCGCCAGUUUCGCCCUGCGGAGCAGACGCCCAUCAUUUUAGUCGGCAACAAGUGUGACCUGGUGCGCCGUAGAGAGGUUUCAUCGAGUGAGGGCCGAGCCUGUGCAGCUGUGUUCGACUGCAAGUUCAUUGAGACUUCGGCCGCGAUGCAGCACAACGUGUGGGAGGCUUUCCACGGGAUUGUCCGACAGCUGCGCCUGCGCAGAGACUCGAAGGAAGCAAAUAAACGCCGGCGCUACGUGAAAAACAGCGUGCGAAGAGAAAGCCUGCCUCUAAAGGCCAAACGCUUCAUUGACAAAGUGGUGGCCAAGAACAACCCCAAUGUCGCAGUUUGGCUCAAAUCCAAAUCCUGCCACGACCUCUCUGUGCUGUAGGGCUGAAAGAUUUUGGAGAAAAUAUCUAAUUACAAGUUUUCUAACAAGCACUGCGAUUCGAUUUGCGAUUUAUGAUUUAAUCAUUUCUGUUCAAAGUUCACAUUUAAAGUGUGCCCUGAGGAACUGCCAAAAAGACUGAACUGACAAAGUAACACAAGAAAGAGAUUUCAGAACAUGUUUGUGCAGAUCUACAAUAGCUGUUUUUAUGCACAAUAAGACAGGAUAUUUUGUUUGUUGUGGAGGAAAUUAUGAUUCUAUAUUGUAGUUUUAACGAUUUGCUAAUUGUGUUCAGAUCUUGAUUGCAAUUAAUCCUACAGCCUGGUAGGCGUCCUGCUCACUACUGUUUUUUAUCAGACAGGUGGAUUUAGUCUAGUCUUGGACACUUUAAUGGACAGUUACUCAGAGCUGAUGCACCCCAGUGAUGAGUAUUUAAAACAGUCCCUCACGAGAAACAUGUUUUACUUGGAGAGGCUGAGAGCACACUGCUUUCACAUGUGAGCUCUGGCCCUAAUCCUACACAGACGCUGGGAACACAAGGACUCGGAGAACAUGUGAUCUCAGAAAUGAACCCUGAACCUUUUUGCUGUGAGGAAGAAGACCUAACCCACUAUGCCACCACACCACCUGAAUGACACUGAAUGAACUUUAUUACACUUCUGUGCAGUUCUUGACCAGUGGCUCAUUUUAACCUCGUU